CAAGCAAAGCCACAACAACGAUGCAAACGACACCCUAGGGAAGAAACUUUUUCUACUCGUAGCCAAAAAGAGAAAACAUGUGCGUAUCUAGGCUAGCCCCCAACCAAGACUGGGAGAUUUAAAAAAAAAAAAAAAGUGAAGCUCAUCGCAUGCAUGUUGCUGCUGUCCUUGGUGUGGAUGAGAAUGUACACACAUGCAUGUUGGUACCUAGGCGGGCACGGCCAACAAGGGAGAAUACCGGCUCAAGUAAGUCAAUUGGCGGAUUUGGCAAUGCCCGGACGUCGUCGCUUGCUCGUUACAACGCGGAUGCUGACAGAGUUGUGUAGGUGUGUGUGUGUGUGUGUGUGUAUGCUGGCGCGGGAAGGGAAAGGAGAUUGGGGAGGGAAAAAGCAAGAAGAGGCAGGGUGAGAGAGUAUAGAAAUGGAUGGGAGAUGCGACAAGCCCUCGGAGGCUGUCCAUCUGUUCAUAGAGAAGCCGUGCU